AUGCCUGGAUCUGGAUGCACAGAAGAUACCCUUCGAGGCGCCGCCAUUGGCCUCAUGGUCGUAACGACCAUUACGAUCUGCUCACGAGUUGUGCUGCGCGUCGACAGGAAUACCAUCGUGCAGUGGGACGAAGUAUGGUUAUUCUUCGGCUACCUAUUGUUCAUGACAGUAACGUCCGUAUACAUCAGCAAAGUGGGCGUUCUGUUUAGGAUCCUGGACGUGCAAGAAGGAAGACUUGCCCCUUAUCCCAGCCUCGCCGAAGACGAGCUCCACGCGCAAAAGACAUUCUUCUUCACCAACCCCGGACUAUGGUUCACGCUAUGGAGCAUCAAAUUCUCUCUAUUGGCCUUCUACAAGAGAAUCAUGGCUGGCAUCAAGUCGUAUGAAAACUGUUGGUGGGCAGUCCUAAGUUACUGUAUGAUUUCUCUGAUUGUAGUGAUUGUCUUGCAUAUCACAGCUUGCGGACCAAGCCCUUCAUCCUGGUUUGAUCAAGAUGGGUGUGGCGCUGAUGAUGCUCGCCGGCCCUUGAUCAGUUUUUGGGCAGGCUUCACAGCCGACCUCACAACAGAUCUCAUGAUCAUGAUCCUUCCAAUUGGUGUUAUAAGAAAUCUCAGUAUACCCAUAAUGCGCAAGUUGCAAAUAUGCAUGCUGUUUGGGCUGGGUCUCCUAGUCGUCAUUGCCAGUAUCGUGCGUGUGAUUCAGGUCGGCACAACUAUCGGCCCAAAAAGAACAACGCCGGUCGGGACAUGGCUUGCGUUGUGGAGCAUAGUCGAAUCGUCUGUUGCUAUUAUCGUCGGCUGUGGUCCAGGGCUAUAUCGAAAAGCGAAGUCCGUCUCCAGCAACACUCCAUCAUACGCAUACAACAGUCGCGGUUAUAUCAAAACAUCGGACAGCAGAAGGGCAAACGCUGAGAAACACUCAGAGGAGCUGUACGGAUUGCCAACAAAGACGGAAAUCUCUGGCCGUUCUAGUGAAGGAAGUAAGGAGGAUCUGAUAGAGAAUGAUGUGGCCCGCAAGAUCACGGUAAGAAAAUCGGUAACAGUUGAUUGA